CCCAGCCCGAUCGGCAUAGACUGCAACAUCAAAUUUUCUUACUGUUAUCUAGUAACAAAUUCUGUAAUACCAAUAUCUAAUAAAAUUUAGAUAUUAUGCCUAACAACGCUUCUGCCCCCCUCUACCCCGCUUACCUCCCUGUCCGUCCGGAAGGCUUCACUCCAACUCUGAAAGUUCCCCUCCAAGAUAUUCCUGAGGCAGGAUGUCGCGCGGAUCCUUCCCUAUCAGAGAUCUGUACUAAAGACAGCCAGCUUAAGAUCAUAACCCCACGGAUUGGAACGGAAAUACGAGGAGUGCAGCUAAGUCAAUUGAGUACGGAAGGGUUGGAUCAACUAGCACUAUUGGCUGCUCAGAGAGGCGUGCUCGUAUUUAGAGACCAAGAUUUUGCCGACAUUGGAACGGGCCGACAGCGGAAUAUCGCAGCUCACUAUGGACCCCUCCAUCAGCAUCCGACCAUGGGGUACCCACAAGGUACCAGUCCUGAGUUCCAGGUCGUGUACGCCGACGAAAAAGUUGGGAAUCUUCGCACUUUGCUUGGAACACGUACCAGCUAUGACCUUUGGCACAUAGACCAAACAUUCACUCCCAAUACACCCGGCGUAUCAUUCUUCUGGGUUCUUGAGACACCUGCGUCUGGUGGUGGAGAUACAGCAUUCACCUCACUGACAGCUGCCUAUCAAGCUCUCUCACCCACCUUUCGUGAAGGCCUACAUCGGCUAAAGCUCCUACACACCAGUGCCAGUGUUGGAGAAGUUGCGCGCAUUGGGCAGGAAAGGGCGACGAAAGAGGCAGUACAAACGGAACAUCCACUUAUUAUCCAGCAUCCUGUCACCAAUGAGCCAGUGUUAUUUGUGAACCCGAGCAUUGCAAGACAGGUCGUUGGCUAUAAGCCCGAGGAGUCUGAAAACCUGCUCUCGUUCCUGCAUAAUCAUAUUCGGUCGUUGGAUUUCAGUUGUCGGGUUUCAUGGGAGAAAGGGACUGUUGUCGUAUGGGACCAAAGAGCAGUUGCACACUCAGCUGUGCCAGACUUCGAGGAUAGUGACCGCCGACAUAUGGUUAGAAUUAUCGCAUAUGGCAGUCAGCCCCAGGUGGCGUCCGUGCACAAACUCUAUUAGAAUGCCCUCUACUAUUAGGUGCCGAGGGAGUCAAUUUAGCCUGGGUACACGAAAAGGCAUUUCUAGGUGAUUGAGAGAGAGAUUUACAUUAUCCCCGAAUACAGCUCCUAUUCAGGGGCUCUUCUCCGGUCGCCAACGGCCGUUCAAUAUACAUACUAAGCAGCUCUCAUUGACAUUUGUGUCAUACAUACACGUAUGUGUAUAUACAUUGGGAAUUCCAAAGGGGUCUGAAAAUAACAACCAUUUAGUAGACUGCUUCCCCCUUUCUGUGACCUUAUACUACCGAUUAUAAGGUUGACCUACUAGUCUAGACUAGCAGGUAGAAAGGUACAGUCUGCUGGAUAUAUCAAUAUGUAUUUUAUAUAGAUAUAGAAUUCAGCAGCGGAAAUAUACAUUGGGAA